AUGAACGGUUUUCUGCUUCAGUUGUCAACAAUAGUUUUACAUCUUUUAUGUGUCAGCGAGUCUUUCAAAGGGAGGAUUCCCAUCGGUGCUAUCUUUGAUACUGAUGAUGUUCAGACCAGUACGGGAUUUCAAUAUGCUGUUGCUCACAGCAAAGAGAGAACGAAAGAAAAGUUCGAGUUAUCUGCCCUUGUUGAAGUGAUAGAUGUCGAAGACAGUUUUAAGCUGGCAACAUCAAUCUGUUCCCAUUUGUUCAGCGGUGUGUUCGUCCUACUGGGUAGCCGAGCUUUUCACUCUCAGGGCAUCAUCAAGUCUUACACGAAUAAAUUCGCCAUGCCAUAUGUAACUACGAGUAUACCGACUGGAGUGGCAGGUCACCGUGGAUAUGAAAUUUACAUGAAGCCUCCUGUUACCGAGGCCAUGAGAGACAUGAUCCUUGAAUACAAAUUAAAGGAUGUCCAUUACGUGUAUGAAUCUGAUGCAGGUAUGAUAAAACUUCAAGAACUAUUAAAGAAAUUAAACGGAACUGAUGUCAAGGUCAGAUGGCACCGUCUUCGUGAUGUCACCAAUGCCCAUGAAGACUUGCGUAAACUUGAUCGUGUGUACUCUGGUUACAAAAACAGUUCCAUCCUCAUGGAUUUUAACUCAGAGCCGGCAUAUGACAUGGUGCUGGAACAGAUAAGAAAACUAGGAAUGAACAAAAGAGGAUAUAGAUAUAUACUAGGAACAUUGAAUAUUUUGAAUCUGAAUCUACAACGAUUUACCCAUGGAGGAGUGAACAUUACCGGAUUUCAAUUAUUGGAUUAUUCAGCACAAAAUGUAAUGGAAUUUCUUACAAGAUGGCGAUCACUUCCACCAAAUAUUUGGGAGGGAGCCGGAAGAGAUCAACUAUCAGUUGAUGCAGCUCUAGCUGUGGAUGCUGUAACGGUUGUUCAACGAACUAUUCAAGCCAUGCUGAAGAAUAAUACCGAAGUAUUCCGAACAACAUUUCGGCGAGGAGAUGUAUAUAACAAUAAUCUUACCAAAGGUAUUCCGUGUAAUGAUGGCAACCCUUGGAUGCACGGUGACGCUAUUAUACAUUACAUAAAAAAGAUUGAUCCUAGAGGUCUAACUGGACACUUAGAAUUCACCAAAACGGGAAUGCGUAAAGGUUACAAACUUGAUGUAUAUAAGGUCGGCCUCAAACACGGUCCUUAUCAGAUCGGGAUAUGGCGGCCUAAAGAUGGAUUCCAGCUCAUCAGUAACUUGAACGAAUCAAAAAAUGAUUCUAUCAUGGGUGAAGAGACUAAAAGAGUCACAAGUAUACUGGAAAAACCAUUUCUGAUGCUUAAGAACACUCCAAAAGAUGGGAUACCACUUGUCGGGAACAGUAAGUACGAAGGUUUCUGUGCAGACCUUAUACAUUCCAUCGCCAGUAAAUGCGGAUUUAGUUACGAAAUUAGACCAAAUAAGAACGGAGUCUACGGAAAAUUAUUUGACAAUGGGUCCUGGAAUGGAAUGAUCAACGAACUGAUCCAAGAGGAGGCCGACUUAGCUGCAGCGCCACUUACGAUAACGAUGGAGCGCGAGAAAGUAGUGGACUUCUCUAAACCAUUCAUGAAUACUGGAAUAAGUAUUAUGAUAAAGAAACCAGAAAAACAAAAACCUGGAGUGUUUUCAUUCAUGAAACCAUUUUCUGUAUCCCUAUGGAUGUGCAUAGUGAUUGGAUAUUUUGUGGUCAGUUUUGGGAUUUUUUUAGUGAGUCGUUUUAGUCCGACGGAAUGGAAAAGAAUCCGAAUGCGAACCGGAACAGAAUACCUUAAUAAAUUUACCUUAAAAAGUUCCCUGUGGUUUUCAAUGGGAUCCCUUAUGCUACAGGGCAGUGACACCUGUCCAAGGUCCGCCGCAGGUCGGAUUAUAGGAGGGACAUGGUGGCUGGUAGUGCUUAUAGUGAUUUCGUCAUACACUGCUAACCUAGCGGCAUUCCUAACUAUAGAACGGUUACUUACUCCAAUAUCAUCAGCAGAUGAUCUUGCGAAUCAUCCUGACAUGUCCUACGGAACAUUGGACUCGGGAUCAACACAGGAUUUCUUUGAAAACUCCAAUGUCAUGACGUACAGAAAAAUGUGGGAUUUCAUGAAGAAUCACUACCCUUCGGUGUUCGUCAAAUCUUCCGCUGAAGGAGUGAGACGUGUUCGUACUUCUAAAGGAAAAUAUGCUUUUCUGUUGGAAUCAGUAUACAACGAAUACUUCAUGAACCAGGAGCCAUGUGACACCAUGCAGGUCGCACAGAAUCUUAACUCCAAAGGUUAUGGAAUAGCCACUCCGAAAGGGUCCCCAUUAAGGCAAAAAUUGUCCAUCGCAGUUCUACAACUUAUUGAAGAUGGAACAUUGAUAAAGUUAAAGAAAAAAUGGUGGGUCGAUAAAGGAACUUGUGGAGCAGCAGAUUCACAUGGUGGAUCGAAAAAGAAGUCGCUUUCCUUAAGCAAUGUCGCCGGAGUUUUCUUUAUCCUUAUUGGAGGUCUGGUUAUGGCGAUAGUUCUUGGCGUUGCAAAUUUUCUACGCUCCAAAUCCAAAGGAAGACUUGGCGGUGUACCCGUUAUAAACAAUGAUGCCGCGAGAUCUUUACUCUCGGACUACAGAGAAGCGCCAUUAAACAACGAAAAUGGACAAACAGCCACAUCUGAUGUUCAUCAGUCUGUUCCCGUAAAAGGAAUUUUAAUGAACACGUGCAAACUACAUUCAGGCGAGAAUAGUAACAAUUCCAACCACACUCUCCGGUCAGAACUAUACGGAAACAUUUACAACAGGAAAACACUGCACGAUCGAUAA